UCGGUUGAUGCCCCCCGCUAUUUAAAACACCGACAGAGCCAUUGCUCUUCAAAGACUUGAUUGGUUUCUCUGCAUGAAGUGAUGUAAAGCUCUCUCCUUUUCUCCCCGUGAACAUGAGUACCCCCUAAAAAAGAAAGUUGUCCUUCAUUUUCCUCUUCUUUUUUUUCUAUUGUCCAAUCUUUUAAACAAAAUAAAACCCCUCCAAUGGCUAUAGACCAAAGUAAUUCCGCCACAAAACUUUCUCUAUUUUUAACACCAAAAGCCAUGAAAUUAAAAUAUUCACCUCUUGAUCAUGAUCAUCAUCAACAUUCAUCAGGUAUAUUAACUCCACCACUUCACACUAAUUGUUUAGCUUCUGUUCCUUUCAAGUGGGAAUUACAUCCUGGUAAACCUAGACCUUAUUGUACUGACAUUAUUAUCUCUAACAUUUUCAAUGAUCAAACCAAAUGCUUAGAGCCACCUCCAAGACUUUAUUACUUGGAUAAAAUUACCAAAAUACCUUCCUCCUCUAACACUCAUGUCCUUGAGAGAGGGCAAUUUGGUACUUUAGUUCUUUACGAAAAUAAUAUUAAGAAAGUGCAUAGAAGAGGUCCUUACUGGUGGCAACGGUUUGUCAAACGGCGUGUUAGAAAGGAAACUGGUGUCGGUGGGGGUAAUUUGGUCAUUUCAACGUCCUCUUCAGAUUGUUGUAACUCCUCCAGCCUCUCUAAUGGCAGGUCUCACUCUCGCAUUUGGGGUUCCAUGUACGAGGGUUUCAAGCAUGUCAUACCUUGGAAGGGCAAAAAAUCAGAGAAAGAAGUGCUCAUUAAAACUCAAACCUGAAAUGCUUUUUCUAAUUGGACUUGUUUGAUGGAUUUAAAUGAUGCAGAGCUUAUAGAAAAAUUAAAGAGCAUCUGUUCGACAUAUGGACAACUCGAUUGUCUCUCAUUGGCAUCCCCAAGGGAGUGUGUGCGCAGGUUAUGAGUAGAUAUGACCAUUGCAUUGCAUUUCAUUAUAUUAUCAUGUUAAUUCUGAUUUGAGCAUCAUUGUGUUAAUGAGGUGGUACAACAAUUAAAAUGUUAAUUCUGAUUUGAGCAUCAUUGUGUUAAUGAGGUGGUACAACAAUUAAAAUGUAGUUAGUAUAAUUCCACAUG